GCUAGGUUAUAUGAAAUUGACGACCCAUACCAGUCAAACAAGGAAACGGAAGAGCUGUUGAUGUUGUUGUGCAGCAUUAGCAUUGCAGCAUGAAGUAUGGACAGAUAGUAAUGGGUCCUGCAGGGAGUGGAAAGUCCACUUACUGCAGCACUGUUGUCAAGCACUGUCAUGCCUCGAGGAGAGCAGUGUAUGUGGUCAACCUGGACCCAGCUGCAGAGCACUUUGAUUAUCCAGUGCAUGUUGAUGUCCGUGAGCUGAUUCAUAUCGACGAUGUGAUGGAGGAUGAGGAUAUUAAACUAGGACCAAACGGAGGACUAAUUUUCUGUUUAGAGUACCUGGUUCAGAAUCUGGACUGGUUACAGGAGCAGAUAGGUGACGGAGGAGAUGAUGACUACUAUAUAUUCGACUGCCCAGGCCAGAUUGAACUGUACACUCAUCUUCCUGUGAUGAAGCAAAUUGUUGACAGACUUCAGAAAUGGGAUUUCCGACUGUGUGGAGUGUUUCUCCUAGACUCGCAAUUUCUCAUAGAAGCGAGUAAAUUCUUUGCUGGAUCGAUGACAGCUUUGUCGGCCAUGGUAACCUUGGAGUUGCCCCAUGUCAAUGUACUCUCUAAGAUGGAUCUGCUAGACGAGAACGAUCGCAAAGAAGUGGAUAGGUAUCUCGACCCAGACCCAACCUCUCUCCUUGCUGACCUCAACACUUCCAUGAGCAAGAAAUACCACAAGUUGAACAAGGCCAUCGCAACAAUACUCAGUGACUACGGACUGGUGCAGUUCAUGCCUCUGGACAUCAACGAUGAGGACAACAUUGGAAACAUCCUCCUCUAUGUAGACAGUGCCAUACAGUACGGAGAAGACCUAGAGGUGCACGUACCAAAGCUUGAAGCUGACGAUGAUGGUGAUGACACAUGAACUAGCUGCAUGGUCAUCUGAACUGCAAAUCAUUUUGUUCCUAACAGUACUAAUCAUAACUUGUAUAAAAUAAUUAAUUAUUAUGAGCAAAUAAAUACAAACGCAUGU